UCCCUUUCGCCUCGGCAAUUCAGUAUGCUUCAUGACGUCAGUCCGAGUGCUCUGUCGACUCUUUAUAAGUGAUACUUUCUAUUGUUCACAGACAAAAUAAUGUUAUUUAAUACUUAAAACAAGUUAGGAUAUACUUUUACACAAAUUAAGCAUUUAGGUAAAUAUGUGAAGAAAUGGCUGUUGAGUUAUGUCUAUCAUCACGUUUAACAGAACUCCUCGGUGAUCGUUUGUUAUACGGUUCGGCGACAGUGGAGCUAAAUGAGUCGACGUUCAAUGGGUCUUUAAUCGCAUUGUAUUUCGUCCCAUUAGGCAGUGAAACUGUCACAACCGAUGAUCGAGCUCUACGUGAUCUAUACAAAACUGUAAACGAGAACGAGAAGACACUAAAUAUUAUCCAGAUUUGUUAUCCAGACUUAGCUGAUGACCGCAAGUAUUUUGAUGAAUUGACCAAUGAUGUUCCGUGGCAUUCAGUUCUUUACGAAUACGCAGAGAAGAGAGUUCGUUUGAGACAUAAAUAUCGUGUUGGGAAUGCAGAAACUUUGUUAAUUCUGAACGAUAGCUAUUUGGAGAAAGUUCAUACUCGAAAUGGUCUUAAACUUUUGUCGUGUAGUGGAAAAAGUUUUCCAUGGACGAACUUAUGGAAUGAAAAAAUUUGUCAAGAAGCUUUAAAACUCUCCUCAAAUGAAUCCAAUGAAACCAUAUAUGGUCUAUAUUUUUCGGCGCAUUGGUGUCCGCCAUGCAAAGCAUUUAUUCCACAACUCAUUCAUGCUUACGACAGUAUAAGAAAAAGAAUCCAGUUCGAGAUCAUAUUUGUCAGUUCUGACAGAAGUGAACAGUCUUAUAACUCUCAUGCGUCUACAAUGCCUUGGCCUUCUGUUCCAUAUUCAAAUACUACUUUACGAAAAGACUUAACUGAAUGUUUUAAUGUUCGUGGUAUUCCUUAUCUAGUAUUAAUUGAUAAUAAUGGAAAUAUCAUCACAGAGAAUGGUCGAGCGGAAAUUACGGAAGAUCCUGAUGGAUUGUAUUUCCCAUGGAGAAGACGAUUUGUUUAUUCGCUUUCUUCGAGAUUACUACCAAAACUUCAGAGUUACCCAGCUGUUGUGUUAUUCAUCGAAGGAGACCAAGAAGAAGAAUUAGAGUUGGCUGAAGGUGUUUUGUUACCUGUAGCACAACAAGUUGCAAAGACCCGGUCAAAUGCAUUAUAUGAUCUCUUAUUCUUUAUAGCUCCUGACGAUUGCACAUCAGAUACUUUAAGACAGUUUACAAGAUUGACUGAUGACACAGCUCCAUUGUUGACUCUAAUAGAUAUUCCAAUGGCAAGGAUUUCAGUAAUGGAAUACGGAAUUCAUAUAACAGAAAAAUCUAUUAUGAAUUUCGUUUUGGGAUUUUUUGAUGGAACAAUGAAAUUUACACCAAUACUUUAAAUUUAAGUUCAUAAGAAAAAAAUACCUGUAUAAUUAUAUUAUAAUAUUAUAUAUAGGUUCAUUCAAAAGAGUAAAGACUUAAUUGAAUUGCUAGUAGAUUAAAUUCAACUAUGUGAAUUUGGUAUUAUAUCACAUUAUCACGUUAGGUAUAUAGAUAAGUCUAGAAGGUUAUUAAAAUAUAGAAAAUAAAUAAAGUUGUUUAAAUAAAUAUAUUAAUUAAAUGGAA